UGCACGCGACCUGCGUGAGCAGUUUAGUGUGAGGAAGAAGUAGAACCACUCAGAACCAUUUCUUACAAUGAGCAAGUCAGUCAGCACUUCAAGUCAUGGUCAUAAGCGAAUGGACGAGCCUCCCGGUUCAGUAUCACCGGCCCUGACACUCGAUGCGGGGUUUCCGGGUGGUACACCUGGGGCAUCCACAUCUCCUGCUGCUUCUCCGAAACGCCCACGAGCGCUGUCACCAAACAAAAGCAAGAAGAGAAGGAGACCACCGCGAGAGAAAGCAGGCAGUCCAGGUAAAGCUUCAAAAUCCCAUCCCAAUCCAAUCCCAUCGGCAAAGAGUGCCCCACAAGGCAACAGUAACAGUCUACUUGAGAAGCUUCGUGUUUCUCCAGCGGACAGCCCAAUUGCAGCUAGCAAGCAACCAGAAGAACGUUCCCCCACCAUACCUAUUGCAGACGAAACAGUAACUGCCAAUCCAUUGGAGAAAGAACCAUUCAAGAACCACCUGAAUAUCAAUCUCUCACCGCACGAGCAAACUGCCAUGACAGAAAAAUUAGCUGAAGGAGCGCUCCCUAGCCGUUGCACUGACUUUAGGCCAACGAAGGAAAAAACUGUGGCGCACGCCGUCGCGGAAGAACCCGCAGUGCAAGCCAACGUGGAAGAACCCGUAGUGCAAGCCAUCAUGGGAGUACAAGCCGCCGUGAAAGAACCAGUACUGCAAGCCACCAUGGAAGAACCGGUAGUGCAAUCCGGCGUGGAAGAACCCGUACUGCAACACGUCGUGGAAGAACCUGCAUUGCAACACGUCGUGGAAGAACCUGCAGUUCAAGCUGUCGUGGAAGACUUGCAAGUCCAUCCUCGCAAAGGAAUGCAUUUUGGUGCACGAUCCUCCAUGAAGAUUCACGCGUCGGGGCUCCAAAAUACUGAAGCCAAAGAUUCAGUAACAACGCCACACCGAAGGCCACAGUUUAGCCUGCAGUCACCUGAAAGUAAUUUUCUUAAUCCUGUACCCAUAUGCACUGCUCUGGUGCCAUAUGAGGCCAAAGGAAGCCCACAACAGCAGGCUAAUAGCAGCACCGAGGAUAACAAUUUAUCUGACCCAACCAUCGUACCCGGGCAUGGCUGCUACCAGCGAAUGGCCUUGUUCUGCGGUCAGCUUGCUGGAUUCGUCUUUCUCACCCAACACAUGGCUGUAAUUCUAACGACACCUUACACGGACCACUGGUGCAAGCCCCCUCCGGAGUUCGCAGAUGUCAGCCUUGAUGAGUGGAAGAACAGGAGCAUCCCCCGAGGUCCUGAUGGGGCCCUCAGCCAUUGCUUGGUUUAUGACCCUCCUUUACCAUCUCCAUCUGUGAAUAGGACUACUCGACGCUGCUCUCAAUGGGUUUUUGACAAAACCGACUAUCACGAAACGCUGCAGAGCCGCUGGGGUCUGGUAUGCGACUGGAGCCACCUGGUCGGAAUCCAACAAACGAUCUACAUGAGUGGAGCCAUGGCUGCCGUUCCUGUAGCUGGGAUGGUGUCUGAUCGCAUCGGCAGGAAACCAGUCAUCUUCAUGGCUGUUGUCAUCUUGCUUAUUGCUGGAUUUACGACUUGUUUUGCAAAGCACUUCCACGUCUACGUUGUCGCCCGUUUCCUGGUGUCGGGAGCAACAGCAUCCAUACGCAUCAUGACGUUUAUCCUAUUAUUCGAAAUUACAACACCAGAGCUCCGCUUGUUUAACUGCAUCAUAGUUCAAGUCGGUUUGGUGGCUGCCGCGAUAUUUAUACAUUGCCUGAAAAGGUUGCAUCUCAGCAUGAACUGGGUCGAUAUCAUUCUGCUUAUUCCAGCAGCGUGCCUCAUCUGCACGGGCUGCAUGCUACAAGAAUCUCCCCGCUGGCUGCUUGCUACGAACAACUACAAGAAGGCAGAAGAUGUGCUGACGUGGGCCGCUGCGUUAAACGGAGUCAGGUGUGAAGAAGCCCAAGUUCGCUGGAAGCGCCUGGUUCAUAACAUCCGGAGGUCUGAAGACGCAAUGACGCCACACAGCGGUAUUCUACAGCUGGUGAGAUCAGAGACGCUUAAGGGACGCACAUUUAUCCUUUUCGCCUGUUGGACAUCCAGCCUCCUCACUUUCUACCAACUGCUCCUCUACAGAAACCAAGAAACAUCAGUAAUAGCGCAAUUCCUGAGCGUCCUGGCACAAGCUCCUGCUCUAGUGAUUUCCUUCCUACUAAUGGAGAAAGUGGGACGACGUCAGCCAUUUUUCGUCUCCUUGAUGGCCAGUGGGUUGCUCAUGGUCAUCCUAUUAUUGCUUUCACUUUCGCAUAUGAAGGGAUUACCCUUGGACAUCAUUAUCAUAGCGACGAACCUAGUCGUCAACGUGGUGACGUCAAUAAUCUAUGUUUACACUCUAGAACUCUACCCUACGACGCUGCGGAGUGCAGGGAUAUCUGCAUGUUUUCUGUUCGGCAGAGUAGGAAGUGUUCUGGCUGGCCCACUAACCGACGUUGCCCGUGUUACGCAUAGCAGUGUCCCGUAUCUUGUGCCUGGAAUCCUGAACGUGAUCAGCGGUGUGUUUGCGAUGAGGCUCGUAGAAACUCGAAAGCUCCAAGUCGUCAAUAGUGUCGGCGAACUCGAGAAGCAGAUGGAAAGGAUGAAACUGCUGGAGCUGUCGACAAACCCAAUUAGAGGCAGGCAGAGGCAACGUCGCAGGUGGAGGAAAUGAUCGCCUUUACAUAUAUCCUUUCCAUUUCGAUAAAACGGAUGUCUAUAACGGAAUAAAUACGAAUUCCUACGGUACCUACA